UUUUCAAAUAUAGAAAUCUUUAUCGAAAUUAAUUUUGUUAUCACUCAAAAUACAAUUUACAUCAAAUGCAGGAAGAAAGACUGAAAUUACCGAAACCGCAAAAUUAUCAUAAUAAUAAAGUACUGGUAGGAAACUGGUUUGAAGAAGAGUGUUCUUAUCAGAAAAGCAGAUUCAAGCAUACUUCCAAGUAUUCAGAUGAUUUUCAAAGGAAACCAUACACCACUUAUCCUCCGUCAGUGGUGUGGGAUGCCCAUAUAAAAGCCGAGGGGCAUGCUUUCUAUCCAGAGAAAUCCAGUGAAGAAUUUCCAAACUUCCAUGAUAAUUUCGCCACAGUUUAUGAUUUGUCCUUUGAAUACUUUCCAAAACUAUAUAGCAAAGAAAUUGAUAGAGUUCACAUGUCAAGACUUCAAAGAUUUGACCCUACAGAAGAAUACCUUAAAAGCUAUGGAAACAUUAGUAAUUUUGGAUUAACCGACUGCAAAAAACAAGAAUGGGAUUGUGACAAGCAGGAUCCAAGAAGUACCUCUCUCACUAUGUAUGAUACUGAAUUUCCUUCUCCAAAAACUGAAUUCUACAAGUUCAGUCGAUGGACUCGACCUACAGCAGUGAAAUCCCAGUUUGGACCAGUUCAUAGACCUUAUCCGGCUAAUCAUCCUCGCUUCUCAAAAUGCAACCCCAUAACGUGGGAGUGUAAGGGUGAUCUCUUCCAAAAAUAUUUGUAAUGAAAAUAAAUACUCAUUCCAUAGGUUCAAAUCAUCAUUUCAUAUAUGCAAUUACUUGAAUGUAGAUUAUUUUGCAUAAUAAAAUUUAUAGUACCAAGAAUGA